GCCGGGCAAUGCGCGGGGGCGCCGGGAGCGCCGCCGCUGCGCCGCGCGGCCGCAAGGUGUCGCCGUUGGCAGCGGAACGGGGGCGCGGCGGGCGCGGUGCCGGUGCCGGCGCGGAGCGGGGAGAGCGGGGCCACCCGCACGGGGCCCUGCCGGCAGCGCGGCGGCGUGAGAGCCCCACUGGCUGCGGGGACGCGAUAGCUACCGAGCGUGUACAGAGCCCCGCGUCCGAGCGGCUCCCUCGCCCGGCCGCUUCCCUUAGCCCUUGUUUGUUUAUUUUCAAUUGCCCCGGGGGGUUGCGCCCGAGGUCGCAGCGGCGGGAGGUGAAGAGGAACCGCUCCGGAGGCGACGUUCCUGGGGGCCGGCGUGGCGCGGGGAGGGGCGGCAUAGGGGGCAGGGACAGCCCCGCGGCAUCCGAACGCCCUCCCGGAGGAUAAAGAGCGAACGGGGCUUUUGGCGCCAAACGCGCGGCCCCGCCCUGCGCGCGUGGAGCGGGGGCGGGGCCGGCUCUCCCGCCAUCUCCCGCUGUUUCCCAGUGCUCCCUCCCAAGCGUGUCAGGGUUUUUUUUUUAAUUGUUGUUUUUUAUUGUUUUUCUUUAACUUGCCUUUUUUUUUUUAAUGCCUUUUUGGGGGGUUAAUAAUAUCCAGCUGCUUCAAAGGCAGGCAGUGACAGUCAUCUGUCUGCGAGCAGAGGGUGGAUGCGGAGGCCGGGGAGGCUGCGGGGGCCGGCGGGCGGGCGCGGAAAGUGCUACAGACACCAUCAGCUGCUUUUUUUUCCCCUCUCCCCUUUCCCCAUCCACUCCUCCCCCUCGCACACCCACCACCAUCACCACGGAGGUAAGAAGAGGAAGCUGCAGGUUCUGGGCUGCAGGACAAAACCCCAGUCAAAUAAAUCCAGUUCCCCAUCGCGUUUUGAGUUGCCGAAGUGGGAAGGAUGGGGCGGGAAGGCGAGCGCAGGGGCAGAGCGGAGCCUGAAUGGGGUUCUCAGUAAGCAGAAGAAAAUCCUGGAGGAUAUUUGUGUUUUGGUUUGGAGCUGUCGCAUUGAGAUCGCCAGUGUUUUGUAGGUGCCUCUUUACUGCUUUGCAUUUUAAACAGUUUAAUGUAUUUCCCGAGUAGAAAAAUGCACAGUCCUGGAGGCGCUUAGGGGGCGGGGCGGGAGCGCAGCUGAGCCGAGCCGGGCGCGUUUCUCGGCGUUUCAUCAUAAGGCUUUUCAUGGAUUUGUUUUUCUCCCCCUUUUUGGUCUCCGUCUCAGCGUCAGCUGUUGUGAACCCAGCAGAACGAUUUCCUUCGCGUUACCUUAACCGAGCUGAAGGGAGACGCUGACUCGAUUUUUUGGACUUUAAGCAUUUUUCUUUUUUUAAUUUUUUUUUAAAUGUCUGAUGCAACGGAGCUCUCUCUCGGCAGAGGAAUGGGGCUGUGGUUGACUGGCCGUGGGUAGUGAGUGGGGGUCCGGCCGCGGGAAGGGCAGCAGCGCGCACUCCUCGGAGUUUCAGGUCGUGGGAGAACCUCUCUUCUUCCCCUUGGUGGAAAUAUCGAUAAAACCUGUGUUUGAAACUAUUGCUUGACACAGGGAUCAGCAAAAAGACACCCGCAAUGCCAGGAAUGGUCAGUAAAAACCCAGACCUCGAGUUUGACUCUUUGCAGCCUUGUUUCUACCCGGACGAAGAUGACUUUUAUUUGUGCGGGCCGGACUCCGCUCCCCCGGGCGAGGACAUCUGGAAAAAGUUUGAGCUGCUGCCCACCCCUCCUCUGUCUCCCAGCCGGGCCGGGCUGCAGGAGCACCCUCCGGGAGGAGGCCCGGUGCCGUGGGGAGGAGCGGCUCUCUGGGGCUGCCGCCCCACCGACCCCGUGGACUGGGCAUCGGAGCUGCUGCUGCUGCCGCCCGAGGCCGACCUGUGGGGCGGCAUGGACGGAGGGGACUUCUUCGAGACGGGCCCCGGCGUGACGAACAAUCUCAACUCCAUCAUCAUCCAGGACUGCAUGUGGAGCGGCUUCUCGGCGCGCGAGAAGCUGGAGCGGGCGGUCAGCGAGAAGCUGCAGAGCAAGGCGCCCGCCGCGCCGCCGCCGCCCCCGGGGGCCGCGGGCAGCCCCGCCAGCGCCCGCGCCGAGCUGGGCGGCGCCGUGCCCGAGUGCGUGGACCCGGCCGUGGUCUUCCCCUUCCCCGUCAACAAGCGGGAGGCGCCGGCGGCGGGCGGAGGGGCUGCGCGGGGCGGCCGCCCGCCGCGCCCCGCCGGGGACAGCCGGGCGAGCAGCAGCAGCAGCUCCUCGGGGGACGACACGCUCAGCGACUCGGAUGAUGAAGAUGAGGAGGAAGAGGAUGAAGAAGAAGAAAUAGAUGUUGUUACAGUGGAGAAAAGACGCUCCUCUACCAACAAGUCUGUUACCACCCUCACUAUUACAGUGCGUCCUAAGAAUACCACUUUCUCAUCAGUCAGGACACAGCAGAAUGGACUCAUACUAAAGCGUUGUGCCCCAAUUCACCAGCAGCAUAAUUAUGCCGCUCCUUCUCCAUUCGUGGAGACUGAAGAGUCUCCACCACAGAAGAAGUUAAAAGUCGAGGUGCCCCGUCCAGUAAAACCCACGAUCCAACCAAAGCUUAAGAGUUCAAGUCCUCGAAACUCUGAUUCAGAGGACAGUGAACGUCGACGCAACCAUAAUAUCCUGGAGCGUCAACGACGUAAUGAUCUACGGUCAAGUUUCCUCACUUUAAGGGACCAUGUUCCAGAACUGGUUCAAAAUGAGAAAGCUGCAAAAGUUGUGAUCUUGAAAAAAGCCACUGAGUAUGUUCAUUCUCUUCAGGCAGAGGAGCAGAAGUUACUGCUAGAAAAGGAAAAAUUGCAAGCCAGACAAGAACAAUUACUAAAGAAAAUAGAUUACAAGCGGACUUGCUAAACUUUUUUGUUUUGUUUUGGUGUUUUUUUCUGGCUGAUCAGGACAGUCAUUGCCACUUUGCACAUUUUUGAUUCUUUAUAAAAAAAUUGUGUUUUUUGACGUUAAGAAUGUUGGUUUUAAUUUCAAUCCAGUCCCUGAAGUAAUCGACAGACUAUAUUAUCCGGGUACGGAGCAAAUGAUUUUUCUUGCAAGGAGUUUAUUGCAAGACUACCAAACAACAAUGGACUGCCUUUGUUUUUUCUCCUUAAGAACUGUAGAUGGUGGGGAUUUUUUUUUUUUAAGUGUUGUGAGCAUUUGGAGCUGCUGAUGACAUCUAGUUGAGUUUUAAAAUGUUCAUUCCUAAGUUUUAUGGUGCUUAUGUUCUAACAGAUGUUACUUUAGGGGUUGGCAUUUUGUGCCCCUGUGGGAAUUUCUGUAAAUACCAUCUACACACUUGCCUUUUGUACAUGUCUUGGGUUAUGAGAGGUGGCUUUUGCUGCCAGUAUUAGACUGGAAGUUCAUACCUAAGUACUGUAAUACCUCAAUGUUUGAGGAGCAUGUUUUUGUAUACAAAUAUAUUGUUAAUCUCUGUUAUGUACUGUACUAAUUCUUACAUUGCCUGUAUACUUUAGUAUGAUGCUGAUACAUAACUAAAUUUGAUACUUAUAUUUUCGUAUGAAAAUGAGUUGUGAAAGUUUUGAGUAGAUAUUACUUUAUCACUUUUUUGAACUAAGAAACUUUUGUAAAGAAAUUUACUAUAUAUGCCUUUUCCUAGCCUGUUUCUUCCAGUUAAUGUAUUUGUUAAUGUUUGGUGCAUAGAACUGGGUAACUGCAAAGUUCUGUGUUUAAUUUCUUCCAAUGAUGUACAUUUAGUGCUGCGUCUUAUAGCACUUUGAAAUACCUCAUGUUUAUGAAAUAAAUAGCAAUUACAUGA